CUGGUAUUCCAGAAAGACAAUCAAACAACUGCUCCUUAUUCUAAUUUCUAACAACAAAACUUAUCAAUCAGACUGCAAAACCCUCUUAAAAUCGAGAAAGAGAGAGAGAAAGGAGGCGAUAAUUGCUAGUUGAAACAGGCACCGGAGUUUGGCUGCAGGUUGCUUGUUUCGAUUGAUAAUCAAAAACUCCAUUUUCAGAUUUUGGAUCUACCGCAUGGUGCCCGAGUGUAAAAUCAUUGCAUCUCAACUCAUAACCCCCUUUAUGAUCUGAUGGUCAGUUCAAAAUCUUUGUAUACUUGAAUUUGGUUUUUGUGGAUGCUUUCCGUGUCUAUACGCGUCAGUGUGGUUCUUAUUGUUGCGUUUGCGGCUUUCAGAGAUCUAUGGUUUUGUCUAUUACUGUCAAUUAAUGGAGAUGCGAAUUUGAUGUGAUUUAAAAUUGCGAUGAUGGAAGCUGUGGAUAACUCCAAAUGUCGAUUAGGGUUGAUCUCUGUGACUCACAAUCUAGUGCGUUUUGGUUGAAAACACGGAACAAGGAGAAUGAGGAACAUUAGCAGUUCGUUUUUUUUAACUUGUGGUGCAUUAUCAAUAAAUAGCCUCGUAAUUUGAACUAUAUUGAGAUUCCGCUUAACGUCUCUAGUGAAUCACCAAUUAGUGUGGUUGAGGUUUUGCUGGAUUGGUCUUGGAGUGAAAUAAGUAAGCAGUUACACUGGAGAAUUUUGGAUGUUUGUUGUAGCUAUUGACUGGGAAUGUGAAGAUUAUGGAAACUUUAUCUUUUCAUGGUCCUCUGCUGUGUUGCAUUUUUAGUGAAUCAAAUUUUAUUUUCCAAAUCCCAGAUUUGAAACAGUUGUAUCUUUUUUCCAUUGUCUAUCUUGGAAAGAACUUAUCAGAACACGUGAUUUUGUCAUUAUAUUUGGACAAGACUAAUAGUUAUGGCUUUGGGUUGUGCUCUGAGAUUAAAUUAUGUUUUUCUCCCUCAAUGGACAAUAUAGGGUUUAUUAUAAUGUGAUCACCUAUUAUUGUCUUUGUCAUGUGAUGAGGCACCAUCAGAUAGCUUAUAAUGUUAUAGUACUAAAAUCUCCUUUGAUGCCAGGGCCAGGUAGUUGUCAAAUAGUUAAUUGGAUAUUUGAGUUUCCUUCUAUGUCAGUGAUGUGAAGGAUGCCAUUUAUUGAUUCCAUUAGUUGACUGCCAGGAAUGACAGUGUGAUCUACCAAGUCUUGUAUUUUGGUUAUUUUUGUGGUAACAAGCUCAAAGGUUUCGAGAAAAAUACUUGAACUGCUACUUAUGCUAAAAUGGUCCUCAGUAAACUUGUGGAGUUUGUUUCCUCUGCAACAACUCAUCUAACAGUGCCAAAGACAUCUGCUCUUCAACAUAAACCUGGAUUGCCUCCUACUUCUGGUUCUCUUCACGGUUAUACGUUUUCCAGCACUAAAAACAAGGUUAAUCUGAGAUUCUCUUCAUCCCUUCAAGAUCUGUCUACUUAUAACCAGCUUGAUCCAGAAGAUGAUAUUAGCUCUCGAUCAGAUAGAAGUUCUGGUCUUGUGCUACCACAAACUUUCUACCAGCAAGAAAAUGGCGCAACAAGUUUUUCCAAGGAGAAGAUAUCAUUAGGUCCGUCUGGAAGGAAAAAAUGGGGUAGAUUUAUCUGCUCUCUCCUUUGUUUAUUGGUGUUUACUUGUCUUUGUGUUGCCUUGUUAUUUCUAUACUCAAACUGGUCUGGUGGACGUUCCAAAUUCUAUGUUGUUCUUGACUGCGGAAGCACCGGCACCCGUGUGUAUGUGUAUGAGGCAUCAGUUAAUCACCAAAAAGAUGAUAAUCUUCCUAUCGUAUUAAGAUCGUUGCCUGAGAGUUUCAAGAGAAAAUCUAGAUCCCAGUCUGGGCGGGCAUACAACAGAAUGGAGACUGAACCUGGAUUUGAUAAAUUAGUACGUAAUGUUUCUGGGCUGAAGAAAGCAAUUAAGCCUCUUAUCAGAUGGGCUGAAAAACAAAUUCCAGAAAAAUCUCAUAAGACUACUUCUCUCUUUCUAUAUGCUACAGCUGGAGUUCGAAGGUUACCAAAUUCAGAUUCUGAUUGGCUUCUUAAUAGUGCUUGGUCAAUUCUUAAGAGUUCCCAUUUCUUGUGCAAGAAGGAGUGGGUAAAGACUCUCACUGGCAUGGAGGAAGCUUAUUAUGGAUGGAUAGCUCUAAAUUAUCAUACAGAGGUCUUGGGGUCCAUUCCAAAAAAGGAAACAUAUGGUGCGCUCGACUUAGGUGGCUCGUCACUGCAGGUCACAUUUGAAGGUAGCCCUGGUAACCAUGAGGAAACAAGCUUAAAGCUGAGUAUUGGCCCUGUUAACCAUCAUCUAAGUGCAUAUUCCCUAACUGGAUAUGGACUCAAUGAUGCUUUUGACAAAUCUGUAGCUCGUCUUUUAAAAGAGGUCCCUCAAAUUAGCAACACCGAUCUGGUUAAGGGAAGAGUGGAGAUCAGACAUCCUUGUUUGCAGUCUGGUUACAAAGAGCGAUAUCUAUGUUCACUGUGUGCAUCUGCUAGGCUAAAAGAUGGGAUUCCUCCUAACGAAAGGAAAGAAUUAGGUAAAGCGGCAAAACGCGGCGUUCCAGUUCAGCUUGUUGGUGAGCCAAAGUGGGAAGCAUGCAGUGCUCUAGCCAAAGCUGCUGUCAAUUUGUCUGAAUGGUCAGAUCAUACGCCGGGAAUUGAUUGCAAUUUGCAGCCUUGUGCACUUGCAGAAAAACUUCCUCGCCCUGUCGGCCAGUUUUAUGCUAUGUCUGGCUUCUUUGUGGUUUAUAGGUUUUUCAACUUGACUCCUGAUGCUACACUGGAUCAUGUGUUAGAGAAGGGUCGUGAGUUUUGUGACAAAAGUUGGGAUGCUGCAAGAAAAAGUGUUAAACCUCAGCCUUUUGUAGAACAAUACUGUUUCAGGGCACCAUAUAUCGUUCUCCUCUUGAGAGAAGGAUUGCAUAUUAAGGAUAAGCAGGUAUCAAUUGGCUCUGGAAGCAUCACUUGGACACUUGGGGUUGCUUUAUUUGAAGCAGGCAAGGCAUUUCCGAAUGUGGGAAAGCUUUACAGCUACCAGACAUUGAGGGUCAAGAUAGAUCCAUUCGUUUUUUUUGCCAUUUUGUUUGCUUCAUUCUUCGUCUUGCUCUGUGCACUAUCAUUUAUUGGCCAUUGGCGGAUUCCAAAUCUUUUCCGAAGGUCAUAUCUCCCUCUUUUCAGCCAUAACAGUGGAUCAUCGGCAUCGGUGCUCAAUAUUCCAGCUCCUUUCCGAUUCCAGCGCUGGAGUCCAAUGAAUACAGGGGAUGGAAGGGUUAAGAUGCCGCUGAGUCCUACAGUUGCAAGCAAUCAGCAAAGACCAUUUGAUGCCGGACUUGGUUUUGGUGCUGGGGGCCUCCAGUUCACCGAUUCAUCGUUGUACUCUUCAUCUAGCAGUGUAGCACAUAGUUAUUCUUCAGGCAGCUUAGGGAAUGUGCAAUUUGACUACAACUUCUGGACACCGAACGGAAGUCAAAUGCGCCUUCAGAGUAGGAGAUCCCAAUCUCGAGAAGACCUCAGUAAUUCAAUUGCCGAUGCACACUUUGCAAAGGUCUGAGGCUGCUGGUGAAGAUAAAUUACAUAGAAAAGAUGUGUACAUCAAGGAAGUGAUUCACUACCGAUUCGGUAUAUAGAGUUUGAGACCUGUGCUUCUUCCGGGACAACUUAACUGCCGUCUUAACAUAGGAUAUGACAACCGGCCCAAAGGUACAACAGUGAUGGAUGAGAAUUUGGCGACAGUCAGCCAGACAAAAUGUGCAGGUACAUUUGAAUGGGCUAUGUACAGUUGUGAUGUGAUUCGGGUCGACUCGUCUGCCCAGAUUCGGCUUCUCCUACGAACGUCCUCACUGAAGAAUUUUGGAAGCUCAGUCUUUAGGAGGUUUAAGUUGUGAAUUGUGAUACAUAAAUCUAUGUUUCUAUUUGUAUAAAGAUUUAAGACUGCAUUGAUUUGGGUAGAGGCAUUAGUUAGUUCAGUAUUUGAUAGAAUAUAAGUAGUUUAGUUGACUUAAUCUCGAGGGUCUUGUAAGAUUAACCCGAUUAUUUGAAACAGCAAAUGACACGACACUGUUGUUUCUCUUCAUCUUGAAGUUUAAGUUUUAUAUUUUUA